AUUCGAUUGACAUCUAAUUUAUAAUUGUUUUUGAAAAAAGUUAUGUUUUCAAUAGAUUUUUUGAAUGAAAGUAGAUUGAAAGGGUGAUAAAAUAAAGAAAAAAUGUCAAAACGAUUUAUAUAUCCACAACAAUACGGGGAAAGAAAAAAGGCUAAACUUGAUAUUUCCAUAUCCGAUCAUAAUUUUCCAUUGAGUCAAAAUGCUGGACCUAGCAAAGAUAUUGAACAAACAGACACUUGGGGAGAUGACAAUGAUGACGAAAUACUUCUAUUGGCGAGCCAAGCUUGCGAAGAAGCGUUUACAGAACAUAACAAUACUACAUUACCUGAUUAUAGCAUGUGUAUGCAACCUUCGACAACAAGCACUCAAAUUAGCAAAUCCAUUCCAAGUACCUCAAAGUCUAGCUUUACUUUCAAGAAACCUUUUAGUCCAACAAAUGCAAUAUCAACAAAAAUGAGAGAUAGCUUCAAAACAAUAUCGUCACCACUACCUGGCAUGUUUAAAGAUUGUAAAAGAGAUGGUGUUAAUGUUAGUGAGGAUAUAAUAAUUAAUGACAACAUAUAUAAAAGCCAAAACUCGGACCAAGUUUAUCGUCAGUUACUGCAAAUACAAGAAGAGAAUGCGAAAUUGAAGUCAGAAAAUGGUAAAUUGUUAGAAAAAUGUUUUACAAAAGAAGGUGAGGCAUCAAUUCUCCGGACUCAGCUGAAGACAUGCCAAAUAGCUGUUGAUAAUGCAAGGUUAGAGAAAACAAAGGCACAGGAAAAGGCUCAAAUAGAAUGGUCAGAGAAGUUAACUGCUGUGAAUAACCAAAUGCAUGAUUUACGCAAUCAAUUAGAUUUCAAGAACAUGGAAAUUAUUAGUAUCAAAGAGAAAUGCAAGAUGCUGGAAUCAAACAAAGUAAAGCUAACACAAAUAACCGUAGCUGGUAGUGACAUAUCUGCAAGUCAAAGGCAUAACAAUAGUAUCUAUGGAAAGAAAGAAGCUCCAAGUUUUACAAGGAAGGUCAAAACAGUAUCAAAUAGUGUUCAGACUGAGGAUAAGUCUCAUUUUUUGAAGCUCAAUAUAAUAUUAAGAGAGGAACAUUCAAAACUAUCACAAAUUUUGCCUUUCAUUUUGGAACCAACAAAAGAUCAAUAUUCCAUUCUGGACUACAAUGAAAAGCUUCGACAGCCAAAGGAUGUACAGAACAAAUGUAGAAUAUUUAGCACAUUCCACAGAUUACCAAGUACACCAUGUAUUGGGAAAGAGAUUGAAAAAAGUGAUAACAAUUUGAGUAGUGUUUAUGAAGGGCUCAGUCAUUUAGCAGCAAAUAAAUAUGGCACCAUUGAUAUAUGUUUAAAUAUUGUGGACAUAACCCAAAACUUCAUUAAGAAUGUUCAGGAAGAACUUGAGAUGAUUUCCCGGAGGAUGACUACAGCCUUCCAAAAGGAAAUGGAUGAGAGAUAUAUUGAGGCUACUUUUAAGUUGUUGGUAAUUGAGAAGAAAGAUUUGUUAAGCGGAAGGGCUUUGUAUAAGGAGGAACAAGGUAUAUUAGCACGAAGAAUGGUAUGUGUUUUAUAUUACCUUCUGGAAGAUACUAGAAAUAAGGAAUUACUGAAUAAAAUAUUGGAGCACGAUAAGAAAAAUGAUUCAAAUGGGCAGUUAUAUCCUUUUAUUAAUGAUAUUAGUCGGAUAUGUACCUUAUUAGAUAAUACAACAUGCGCCUUAUUGUACAGUGGUUUGUUAUUAUCAAUAACUUUAUUUUUACAAGCCUUCACAACCAAUCACGAAAGAAUUAAGCAAAUAUUACACAUAUGCAAGUCUAUUAUAGCUUCUCGACCUAUGCCAUUUGUUACGAGCGAGAUAUUAAAAUUACUUGGGAAAUUAGCAUGUGAAGAGAAUUUAUUAUUACAAAUGUGUUGCAAAGGUUCAAAUGGAAAUUUAAAACUGGAUUAUGAUCAAGGCGUCCUAUUGUAUAAGAAAGACUCAUGUGCAUUACAAAUCCUCCUUAAACAGACGGAAGUAUCUUUAAAAUGUAUAGAGAAGUAUCAUGCGGUGGUACAAACAUUAGAGAUUACGAGAAGUCUACUUAGAUUAUAUUGUAUACUAAAUAGUCAAUCUGACGUCCACUUAGAACAACAUAGAUGUGACUGUCAGACUGUCUUCAUACAGGUUAUUGUUUUCGCUCUAAGGAUAUGUGCUGGUUAUUUAAAUGUUGAUAAGUGCACAAAAUUAGAUAGCUCACAGCAUAAAAUGGAGACCGACAUAAUGUCGGUAUGUCGAAGCGGAGUGCAGCUUUUGCAGCGUUGUGAAGCGCUAUCAGCUGCUGAGGGACCACUGCUAGCACUGUGUCACCGACUUACCACGGCCCUCGGCACUACCAUCACCUGUCAGCGCGACCGAGACUUCAGUAAUAUGUUAUCAGAGAUAACAAACACAUUCCAAACCUACUCCGAGGAGCUACCACCCAGUUACCAGACAAAGGCUUGGCUCAAGAGCUUUCAGACAUUUUCAAUUGCAGACUGAUUGUGUAAAUUUUAUUUACAAUUAUUG